AACGACACAUGGAAACGAAGUUUUGUUUAUAUAUUUAUUGUUUUAUAGAAAAUUAUAAUGAUUAUCAUCAUCAGCCUAUAACAGGUCCAACCGGCAUACAUCGUGAUUACCUUGCCAUAGGGAUACCUAUCACGAUUUUAGUUUAUUUUGCACAUAAUUUGCGAAAUAGGAUUAAGCCUAUAAAACGUAUGAUGAUUAAAUAACGGAAUUAUGUUGACCGUAAACUUCGAGCCGCCAAGUUGUGUUUGUUAUUUUUGAAUAUUCUUUUUGUUAAAUUAAAAAAUAACAUAAUAGUAAAAAUGUAUCGAGUUUUACUGGUUUUAACUAUAUUUGUAUUCGGGUUUGACGCUAGAAAUCUUUCGGACAUAGAAGAGAAGACCAUAGAAUAUGAAAAUGACAACGAUGGUCUUGGUAAUUAUCAUUUCAGAUUUGAAACAUCGAAAGGUAUGAUAAGAGAUGAAACAGGACGACGAGUUAAUAUUGGUCAAGCAGACGAGCACAUCGCAGUCCAAGGAUUUUAUUCGUAUAAUGACACAGAAGGAGUUUUACAGUCAGUUCAUUACAAAGCUGACAAGAAUGGUUAUGUCAUUAUAGAUCCAUUUGCGGGAGCGUUCAGGAUUUCAGAAACUAUCGUCGCAUCUUUAUUGGGAAAAUGAAAAAAUUAAUGGAGAUCUUCGAUAAAAUAGCUUCAAAUAGACAACAACAAUCAACUUUUAAAGAUUGCAGACUGAAAGGAAAUCUUGAAUUUAGCUACUUUCUUCUUUACGUUACUUCUGUAAUUUAUUAAACGUUCUUGAAUAUAAAUUAAUUAUUUAUUAAUACAUUACAAGGCAUGAUUUAGUGUAACUUUGGUUUUAACCCACGUUAACGUGAAAAUACAUGACAAAUACAUUACGUAGAAAAAAUGAAUUCAUCAACUUACCCUUAUCCCUUACGGAGGGUCGGCACAGUAUGUGCUGCUCUUCCAUACA